UUACACUUUUACUGUAUGAAUUCUUUCCCAAAAACCUGGUCAACUCAAAACUCAUCAUCUCCCUCUCUCUAAUUUUCAAAAAAAUAUCAAAACAAUCAAACCUAACAUCAUUAUCUACCUAAUCACACACACACACACCGAAAUUUUAGAUCCGAACCGAAUCGAUGUCAAUUUAAAGCUUAUAUAUACAACAACAAAGCAUCGGUUAUUUUGAAACUGAAGCGGCAGUUAUGGAGAGCUAUCUGAGUGAUAACUUUGAAGUGAAGCCGAAAAACUCAUCGGAAGAAGCUUUACAGCGAUGGAGGAAACUGUGUUGGUUAGUUAAAAAUAAGAAACGGCGGUUUCGUUUCACUGCUAAUCUCUCCAAACGAUUCGAAGCUCGAGCUAUUCAGCGAUCUAAUCUGGAGAGUCUAAGAACAUUGAUGCUGGUUUCGCAUGCGGCAAUUCAAUUUCUUAAUGGUAUAACUUACAGCGUACCUGAAGAAGUAAAAGCUGCAGGGUUUCAAAUUGGCCCUGACGAAUUGGGAUCAAUAGUUGAAAAGCGCAGCAUGGAAAAGUUGAAAGCCCAUGAUGGGGUUGCAGGCAUUAUGAAGAAGAUCUCUACAUCCAUAUCCAAUGGAAUUCCUACCUCUGAGGAUUUACUUAACACAAGAAAAAACAUUUAUGGAAUUAAUCAAUUUGCUGAGAGCCCGUCCAAGGGUUAUCUUGUUUAUGUAUGGGAAGCCCUCCAAGACACAACCCUCAUGAUACUUGGAUUGUGUGCUUUUGUGUCUUUGAUUGUUGGCAUUACAAUGGAAGGUUGGCCAAAAGGUGCCCAUGAUGGUCUUGGGAUUGUUGCAAGCAUUCUGCUGGUUGUAUUCGUGACCGCCACUAGUGAUUAUAGACAGUCUUUACAGUUCAAAGAUCUGGACAAAGAGAAAAAGAAGAUUACUAUUCAAGUUACCAGAAAUGAGUGCAGACAGAAGAUCUCAAUAUAUGAGCUUCUUGUUGGUGAUAUUGUUCAUCUUGCUGUUGGGGAUCAGGUCCCUGCUGAUGGACUUUUCGUUUCUGGAUUUUCCUUAUUGAUAAAUGAAUCAAGUCUGACGGGAGAAAGUGAUCCCAAAGUUGUAACUGCUGAGAACCCCUUUCUCCUAUCUGGAACUAAAGUUCAAAAUGGUUCAUGUAAGAUGGUUAUUACCACUGUUGGAAUGAGAACCCAAUGGGGCAAAUUAAUGGCAACUCUUAGUGAAGGUGGAGAUGAUGAGACCCCACUGCAGGUUAAACUAAAUGGAGUAGCAACAAUUAUAGGGAAAAUCGGGCUGUUUUUUGCGGUUAUUACCUUUGCAGUUCUGGUGCAAGGACUAUUUGUACGCAAGAUGCAAGAAGGGUCCCACUGGACAUGGUCUGGAGAUGAAGCUCUUGAGAUGCUUGAAUACUUCGCUAUUGCAGUAACAAUUGUAGUGGUUGCAGUCCCCGAGGGUUUACCAUUAGCUGUGACACUUAGUCUUGCAUUUGCCAUGAAGAAAAUGAUGAAUGAUCGAGCUCUUGUUCGUCACUUGGCAGCUUGUGAAACCAUGGGAUCUGCGACAAAUAUAUGUAGUGACAAAACUGGUACCCUAACUACCAACCAUAUGACACUUGUUAAAGCUUGGAUUUGUGGGGAGACUCGUGAAGUCAAUGGGUCAACAGGGGCGUUAACUUUCUGCUCUACAAUUCCCGAUUCUGUUGUUGGAGUGUUAGUUGAAUCUAUUUUUAAUAAUACUGGUGGAGAAGUGGUGAAGACUGAGAAGAACACUAUUGAAAUUCUUGGUUCACCAACUGAGACUGCUCUUUUGGAAUUUGGUCUCAUGCUUAAAGAAAAACAAGCAGAGAUUCAAACAUCAAAGCUUGUCAAAGUUGAGCCUUUCAACUCUGAGAAAAAGCGUAUGGCAGUUGUUUUAGAACUCCCUGGAGGAAGUUUCAGGGCCCACUGCAAGGGUGCUUCGGAAAUAAUUUUAGGUGCUUGUGAUAAGGUCUUGAAUGCAAAUGGUGAGGUUGUUCCUCUUGGUGAAGAGUUAAACAGUGAUCUAAAAGAUACCAUUGAACUGUUAGCCAAUGAAGCUCUUCGAACUCUUUGCCUUUGCUACAAGGAAUUAGGAAGCGAAUUCUAUGAAAAAGAUCCAAUUCCCUUUGGGGGGUAUACUUUAAUCGGUAUUGUGGGUAUCAAGGAUCCUGUUCGUCCAGGUGUGAAGGAAUCUGUAGCAAUUUGCCGAUCAGCUGGUAUUACUGUGCGUAUGGUAACAGGUGACAACAUACACACCGCAAAGGCAAUUGCCAGAGAAUGUGGGAUAUUAACAGAUGAUGGGAUAGCCAUUGAAGGCCCUGAUUUUCGUGAAAUGACCGAAGAGGAGCUCUUUAAAAUUAUUCCUAAAAUCCAGGUGAUGGCUAGAUCUUCUCCAAUGGAUAAGCAUACACUUGUGAAACAUUUGAGAACUACAUUUGAGGAGGUUGUUGCCGUGACAGGAGAUGGUACAAAUGAUGCUCCGGCACUUCAUGAAGCAGAUAUUGGGCUUGCAAUGGGAAUUGCAGGGACAGAGGUGGCAAAGGAGAGUGCUGACGUGAUCAUUUUAGACGAUAAUUUCUCUACAAUUGUGACUGUGGCCAAGUGGGGUCGCUCAGUUUAUGUGAACAUUCAGAAAUUUGUCCAGUUUCAGCUGACAGUAAAUGUUGUUGCUCUAGUUGUCAACUUUUCUUCUGCCUGUCUGACUGGACAAGCUCCUCUGACUGCUGUUCAGCUACUUUGGGUUAACAUGAUAAUGGAUACGCUGGGAGCACUUGCAUUAGCUACUGAACCUCCGACUGAUGAAUUAAUGCAGCGUACACCCGUUGGAAGGAAAGGAAACUUUAUUACAAAUGUUAUGUGGAGGAAUAUCAUGGGACAGUCAUUAUAUCAGUUUGUGGUAAUAUGGUACCUUCAGACAAGUGGAAAGAUGACCUUUCACCUUGACAAAUCAGACUCUGAUUUGGUUCUGAACACACUUAUCUUCAAUUCGUUUGUCUUCUGUCAGGUGUUCAAUGAGAUAAGCUCUAGAGAGAUGGAGAAGAUAGACGUGUUUAAAGGAAUGCUAAAAAACUAUGUGUUUCUGGCUGUUUUAACUUGCACGGUCAUCUUCCAAAUAAUAAUCAUUGAAUUCUUGGGUACGUAUGCAAACACUAGUCCUCUCACCCUCCCCCAGUGGUUUGCAAGUGUCACCAUUGGUUUCCUAGGAAUGCCCAUUGCUGCUGCUGUAAAGAUGAUCCCUGUUGGAUCCAGAUAGAAGACCAAGUUUCUCUUAAACCUUGAUACAUUUCAAACAUUGAAAGCUUAUUAAGGAAACAAAUUUUUGUAACCAUUCUCUUUUCAAGUUUCAUAUGUUGUUUAAAGGCGUGGUAACUGGUAACAAAGAUUAGGAUGACCAAGUUAUUGAUAUUUUUUGUUUUGUAAUUUGACCCGUCUUCAUUGUUGCUCAAUGCUCUUAUAUUCUUGUGUUUGGUUUGA